UUUGCUAUAGGAUCUUUGCUUCAGACUGUUCAACUUUAGGUCAGUUUAGACAUAGAGUGUGGAAAUUGGCCCUUCGGUGUAAAGCAGCAUCUGCAGUUCCUUCCUGGUGAAGGUACUAACGUUACACAACAUUGGUUCAUAGAUUAUGUAUGUACUUAAUCUAUGAACCACAGUUGUAUAACAUUAGUACCUCCACCAAUGUAAAGCACUUUGGCCAACGAGAGUUGGUUUUUAAAUGUGCUAUAGAAAUAAAUGUGACUUGACUUGACUUGACUUCCCACAACCUAUCACUGAAGCAUCCUGGAUUAAUUGCACCCGCUGAUGCUAAUUUAAGUAGUUCACCCAACAUUUCUCGGUAACUCCCUCCAGCUCGUUCUCUCAGUUACGUCAUCGGUGUUUGCUGUUUAACUAAAAAUAUUCACGCAAACUAAAACAUUCAAGAAAAAACAUGUCAACGUUAAUCUUUAUGUUCCCUGACAAAAUGCUGUGAUUUGUAUCGAGUCAGUGUUCCACUUGACAGAUGGGGUGGCAGGAACAUUGACAACAGGUGUCACUUUCACUGAAGCCACCCCCUCAGUAAUUAUUUUUCAUUUAUACAGUACUUUUGAGAAGGUGAAAUAUUCCUAGUUGUCUCACAGGAGAGGAAUCAGACGAACUUUUUUAAUCAAAAAAGCACAAAGUGCUGGAUUUACUCAGCGGGCCUGGCAGCAUCUGCAGAGAACUUGAAGGGGAAAAGAUUUAAUAGGAAUCUGAGGGGUACCGUUUUCACACAAAGGGUGGUGGGUGUAUGCAACAGAGGAGGUAGUUGAGGCUGGGACUAUCCCAACGUUUAAGAAACAGUUAGGCAGGUACAUGGAUAGGACAAGUUUGGAGGGAUAUGGACCGAACGCAGGCAGGUGGGACUAGUGCAGCUGGGACAAGUUGGCCAGUCUGGGCGUGUUGGGCCGAAGGGCCUGUUUCCACAAUGUAUCACUCUAUAACUAUAGGAAAAUGGGUAGGUGAGGUGUGUCGGGAUGAACUGCAGAUGCUGGUUUAAACAGAAGAUAGAUAUAAAACGAUCUUGACCUGAAACGUCACCUAUUCCUUUUCUCCAGAGAUGCUGCCUGGCCCACUGUGUAACUCCAACUUUUUGUAUCUUUUUUUUAGAGAUACAGUGCGGAAACAGGCCCUUCUGCCCUGGGGGUCUGCACAUUAAAACUAUCUUACACACACUAGGGACAUUUUUUACAUUUACCAAGACAAUUAACCUACAAACCUGUACGUCUAUGGGGUGUGGGAGGAAACCAAAGAUCUCGGAGAAAACCCACGCAGGUCACGGGGAGAAUGUACAAACUCCGUACAGACAUGCACCCGUAGUCGGGUUCGAACCCGGGUCCCCGGCGCUGCAUUCGCUGUAAGGCAGCAACUCUACCGCUGUGCCACCGUGGUGAGGUUUCGUGUCUGAAGAAGGGCCUCGACCUGAAACGUCAGCGAUCCAUGUUCUCCAGCAAUGCGGCCCGACCUGCUGAAUUACUUUAUAUAUUUUUCUGUAUUAACCAGUGUCUGUAUUUCUUUGUAUCUGAACCGGUCAAGUUUGGUAUAGGCAGCACAGUGACACAGUUGGGGGAGUUGCUGCCUCACUGCCCCUGAGACCUGGCUUCAACUCUGACCUCGGGUACUGCCUGUGUGGGAGGAAACUGGAGCACCUGAAUGAAACCCACGCGGCCACGGGGAGUACACGCAAACUCCACACAGACAGCACUGGAGGUCAGGUUUGAAUCCAGGUCACUGUCUUGUGAGGCAGCAGCUCAGUUUAGUUUAGUUUAGAGAUAUUGUGUGAAUACAGACCCUUCAGCCCACCGAGUCCAUGCCAAUCAGUCUGAAGAAGGGUCUUGAUCCGAAACAUCACCCAUUCCUUCUCUCCAGAGAUGCUGCCUGUCCCGCUGAGUUACUCCAGCAUGUUGUGUCUAUCCACAGAACGGUUCAAUCGAGCCAAACACAGUGUAUGGAGACAUGAUAAGGGAAUAACGUUUAGUGCAAGGUGAAGGUUGAGGCCAGUUCAUUGGCUAUAUUUAAGAGGGAGUUAGAUGUGGCCUUUGUGGCUAAGGGGAUCAGGGGGUAUGGAGAGAAGGCAGGAACAGGAUACUGUGUUGGAUGAUCAGCCAUGAUCAUAUUGAAUGGCGGUGCAGGCUCGAAGGGCCGAAUGGCCUACUCCUGCACCUAUUUUCUAUGUUUCUAUGUGAAGCCAGUGAAGUCCGAUCAAGGAUAGUCUGAGGUCACCAAUGAGGUAGAUGAUUGUUGAGUGUAGCAUCAUUCCAUAAGAUGCAUCUAUCUAUCUAUCUAUCUAUCUAUCUAUCUAUCUAUCUAUCUAUCUAUCUAUCUAUCUAUCUAUCUAUCUAUCUAGUUAUCUAUCUAUUAUCUAUCUAUCUAUCUAUCUAUCUAUCUAUCUAUCUAUCUAUCUAUCUAUCUAUCUAUCUAUCUAUCUAUCUAUCUAUCUAUCUAUCUAUCUAUCUAUCUAUCUAUUAUCUAUCUAUCUAUCUAUCUAUCUAUCUAUCUAUCUAUCUAUCUAUCUAUCUAUCUAUCUAUCUAUCUAUCUAUCUAUCUAUCUAUCUAUCUAUCUAUCUCUCCAAGGGCUUUCAUAAGCACUGUAUGUUUAAGCAACCUGCAGCAUUGAAAUGGUUAAUCAUUGUUAUUGAAUUGCUUUCUGAACUGGGAGAGUGGUGAAAGGGGGCGGCACAUCCAGGCUUCGGGACCAAUGCAUGAAGACCUAAGAGGGUGUCAAGGUAGGGGGGAUCUUUUUUCCAAUUGGCUUGCUGAGGCAGACGGGCAGAUGAGUUAUAUAUUUCCCUGCCUGUGUCUGUCCGUGUGUGUGUGUGUGUGUGUGUAUAUAGAGCUCAGAGCUAGUCCAACAUAAAAUCCUGAGUCAUGUUUUGUGUGGACACUCGGAGAGCGGUCGCCAGCGCAUCCAAAGGGCUGUUCUUAAAGCAAUAUUAAUUUCACACAGUGUGUGUGUUUGUAUAUAGAGGCUUCCAAUGAGAUGAGAUCAAGGCAGAUUUCUCCCUGCGUUGCCAACCAGCCCAGGAGAUCGGCAGAGGAUCAGAAAUGGAGCUUUCUAUGUGAAUCUUAACCAUGUUCACACACCAGGUGAGCGGUGGACCUUCUGGAGCUGGGACGCUGACCCGGGUGGCUGUGUUUUGCUUGGCUAUGCCUGCCCUGCCUUUAAAGAACAGAUGAUUCCCCGCCCCUGCGUUGCCACUCCUGCUUUCUCUUCGCUGCCUGCUGCCGCUCAGUAGCGCUGGAAAAAAAAACACAUCUACAAUUUUUGCAUUUGGUGCAGGGAUGUGGCGGGGAUUGUAGGCGAUAAAAGUUGCUGGUGGACGACUGCCUGGCGGUGGGAAGGAUUGCAAGGAGAGAGUCUUCCUGAGAUGCAGAGGAGGACCGCUGCCUGAGGUCGCGAUGGACGACUCCGACAUAGUCCGGAGAAGGAGGGUGCAGAAGGACUUGCCUCUAACAAGAAAAGGCAGCAGCUGUCGAACCAGCAACAGGAAGAGCUUGAUUCUGACAAGCACGUCACCCACUCUUCCUCGACCCCACUCUCCGCUCCCAGGCCACCUAGGCAGCAGCCCCCUGGACAGUCCUCGAAACUUCUCUCCCAAUGCCCCCGCUCACUUCUCCUUUGUGACUUUGCGAAGGGCGGAUGGACGGCGGUGGUCCCUUGCCUCCCUGCCAUCAUCAGGAUAUGGGACCAACACACCCAGCUCCACCGUGUCUUCUUCCUGCUCAUCGCAGGAGAAGCUCCACCAGUUGCCCUUCCAGCCCACCGUGGAUGAGCUGCACUUCCUCUCGAAGCACUUUGGCAGCACUGAGAGCAUCACGGACGAUGAUGGUGGUCGGCGAUCCCCGGCCAUCCGCCCGCGCUCACGGAGCCUCAGUCCCGGGCGAUCUCCUUCCUGCUACGACAAUGAGAUAGUAAUGAUGAACCAUGUCUACAAGGAACGGUUCCCAAAGGCAACCGCGCAGAUGGAGGAGAGGCUGCAGGAGUUCUUCACCGUCAACGCGCCGGAGAACGUGCUCCCGCUGGGGGACGGAGUGCUCAGCUUCAUCCACCACCAGAUCAUCGAGAUGUCCCGGGACUGCCUGGACAAGGCUCAGGAUGGGCUCAUCACCUCACGCUACUUCUUUGAGCUGCAGGAAAACCUGGAGAGGCUGUUGCAGGACGCUCACGAGCGGUCGGAGAGCGCGGAAGUUGCCUUUGUCACGCAGUUGAUGAAGAAGUUGCUCAUCAUCAUCGCAAGACCUGCACGCUUACUGGAGUGCCUGGAGUUUAAUCCGGAAGAAUUUUACCAUCUACUUGAAGCUGCAGAAGACCAUGCGAAAGAGGGCCAUGGCAUUAAAAUCGACAUCCCACGUUACAUCAUCAGUCAACUGGGGCUGACUCGAGAUCCCUUGGAGGAAAUGGCUAACCUGGACAACUAUGACAAUGCCAGCCUCAAUGCCCAAGAGUUGGUCGACUUGAUCGAUGGUCGUGCUGGCAAACCUACAAAGGCACCAUCUGAAGAAGACUUUGACACCAUCAAACUAAUAAGCAAUGGAGCGUAUGGUGCCGUAUAUUUGGUGAGACACAGAGAGACCAGGCAGCGGUUUGCAAUGAAGAAGAUAAAUAAACAGAACCUGAUUCUCCGAAACCAGAUUCAGCAGGCAUUUGUGGAACGUGACAUCCUUACGUUUGCCGAGAACCCAUUUGUUGUCAGUAUGUUUUGUUCCUUCGAAACCAGGAGGCACCUUUGCAUGGUAAUGGAGUAUGUGGAAGGAGGCGACUGCGCAACAUUAUUGAAGAACAUCGGAGCGUUGCCAGUGGACCUGGCACAGAUGUAUUUUGCAGAAACUGUCCUGGCUUUGGAGUACCUGCACAACUAUGGUAUCGUCCAUCGCGACCUCAAGCCAGACAACCUCUUGAUAACAUCGAUGGGCCAUAUUAAGCUUACGGACUUUGGCCUCUCAAAAAUAGGACUGAUGAGCCUCACCACUAACCUGUACGAGGGGCACAUUGAAAAGGAUGCCAGGGAGUUCCUGGAUAAACAGGUGUGCGGAACUCCGGAGUAUAUUGCUCCCGAGGUUAUCCUUCGUCAGGGCUAUGGGAAGCCCGUCGACUGGUGGGCGAUGGGGAUUAUCCUGUACGAAUUCUUGGUGGGGUGCGUUCCCUUCUUUGGCGACACCCCUGAGGAACUGUUUGGUCAAGUCAUCAGUGAUGACAUUAUGUGGCCUGAUGGAGAUGAGGUUCUCCCUGCCGAUGCCCAGCACCUUAUCUCCAGUCUGCUGCACCCCAACCCAUUGGACAGACUAGGAACAGGCGGCACCUACGAGGUAAAGCAACACAGUUUCUUCAAAGAUCUGGACUGGAAUAGCCUGCUGCGGCAGAAGGCAGAAUUCAUCCCACACCUGGAGUCGGAGGAAGACACCAGUUACUUUGACACUCGCUCUGAUCGGUAUCACCAUGUGAACUCCUACGAUGACGAUGACACGAAUGAAGAUGAACCCGUAGAAAUUCGCCAGUUUUCCUCCUGCUCCCCCCGCUUUAUAAAGGUCUACAGCAGCAUGGAACGCCUGACACAACACGAGGAGCAGAAGGCCCCAGUGGUCACCCGACGCAACCUCAACAAGCACAAGGAGGAGAAGAGCGAAGCUCUCAACCCCCUUGGCACCCGCGACAAGAGCUGGAGGACAAGCUCCCCAGAAAUGAAGCGCCUGUCUGCCUCGGAGUCGUCCUACGGUGAGAGUGACUCCAGCCCGCCGCUCACGGUCCGCCGCCGCUUCUCCGCCCUGAUGGACACCCACAAGUUUGCGGCUCCGCUGGAGGACGACACAGAGGCGACGCACAGACACCAGGGGGUGCAGACGGCAGGGCCCGGCCUCGAGCACAAGGAGGGAGAGGGGCCCAGCCACACCGGGCUAGCAAACGCUGGAAGCAGCCCCACAUCCACAGCUGAGCGGCCAGUGAAGGCGCCGGAGACUUUGCCCAGCGUGAUCAAGGAGGCAGAUUCCUCCGGCACCAAGGCUACGAGUGACCUGGCGGUGCGGAGAGCGCGGCACCAGCAGCUGUCGGGCGACUCGGCCGAGAAACGGGCGUCCCGGCCCGUCAACAAGGUCAUCAAAUCCGCUUCGGCCACAGCCCUCUCCGUCAUGAUCCCAGCAGUGGAGCAGCACAGUGGUUCGCCCCUAGCCAGCCCGAUGUCUCCACGAUCGCUGUCCUCCAACCCGUCCUCGCGCGACUCCUCGCCCAGCCGCGACUUCUCGCCGACCGUCACCAGCCUGCGCUCCCCCAUUACCAUCCUCCGGUCGGGCAAGAAGUACGGCUUCACGCUGCGUGCCAUCCGGGUCUACAUGGGCGACACCGAUAUCUACAGUGUUCACCACAUGGUGUGGCACGUGGAAGAUGGAGGGCCUUCUCACGACGCGGGGCUCUGCGCUGGAGACCUCAUCACCCAUGUCAACGGGGAACCGGUCCAUGGACUCGUCCACACCGAGGUUGUGGAACUCAUACUGAAGAGUGGGAACAAAGUGACUGUCACCACCACACCGUUUGAGAACACCUCCAUCAAGAUCGGGCCUGCCAGGAGGUCCAGCUACAAGGCCAAGAUGGCACGAAGGAACAGGAAAAGCUCAGGAAAGGAUGGGCAGGAGAGUGGGAAGAAGCGCAGCUCCUUGUUCCGGAAGAUAACGAAACAAUCAAACCUCCUUCACACCAGCCGCAGCCUCUCGUCCUUAAACCGUUCUCUCUCCUCCAGCGACAGCCUGCCGGGCUCCCCCACGCACAGUCUCUCCGCCCGCUCUCCCACGCAGAGCUACCGACCUACACCUGACUCCGGCUACUUAGGUGGAGGGAACUCGUCCCAAAGCAGUUCCCCGGGCUCCAGCGUCCCAAACUCCCCAGCCACCUCGCACCACAUCAGGCCGAGUAGCCUCCACGGCCUGUCGCCCAAACUCCAACGGCAGUACAGGUCGGCACGCUGCAAGUCGGCCGGGAACAUCCCCUUGUCCCCCUUGGCCCACACCCCGUCACCAACCCACCCAUCCCCCCCGCACCCUCCCUUCCCCCUGCCCUCCCACACAGUGGGCAGCUCCAACACCACCCAGACCUUCCACGUCAAGCUCCACUCCUCGCCGCCGGUGGUCAGGCCCCGGCCCAAGAGCGCAGAGCCGCCCCGAUCGCCGCUGCUCAAGAGGGUGCAGUCGGCCGAGAAGCUCUCCAUGCCCAUGGCUUCGGAGAAGAAGCUGGCCAUCCGCAAACACAGCCUGGAGGCUUCCCACUCGGACUUCCGCAAGGAGGGCCACCACGCCGACAUCAGCCUCCAGAGCCUGCUGGAGACGGACGGGGAGGUCCUGGGAUCCAGGGCGGACGGUGGGGAAGUGGGAGCCUUCAGGCCGAUGGCCGUGAGGAAGCUGGGCCGGCAAGAAUCGCCCCUGGUCGACCGAGACAUCUUCUCCAGCAUCCGGCAGGAGAGGGGAGAAGGUCUGGACCCGGUGCAGGAGCUGGAGGUGAAGGCGAGCGACCAAGAGGAAGGGUCAAGACUUGGCCAGGAGGAGCCAAGGAGGUCCUGGUGCACGUUGCCCUGUGUCCAUGCUGGGACCAACGGCAGAGGUGGGACUGAGACCCCAGCCAGGAGCAACGCUGCUUCUCCGUUGCUGAAGACCUCCAGCGUGGUGAAGACUCAGAUCUCGGAGCCUGCUCCGGACGCGGUGUCCUCGGACAGGGGGCGAGACAAGGCCGGGCCGUGCGCUUCCCCGAGCAGAAGGAACGGGGCGUCUUCCCCCUCCGUCCCGUUAACGAGCAGCGACCGACACCCCGGCCCGUCGCCCCCGACCAGACCCGAUACGUUAGCGGCGCAUCUCGGGGUGAAGGUGUCUCCAGGCACCGCCUCGGUCAGUCUGACCCCCUCCCUCCAGAUCGAUGGCGUGUCCAAACCCCCAGAUAAAACCCAGCCCAAGAAGACACCGCCCAGCGACCCUCCAAGCAAGAGACACCAAGGGGUGCAGACGGAGCCUCUGGGUGGUGGAUGCUCCCUACCGAUGGACAAGGGAGCCGAGGUGGAGCCAAGAGAUGCUUCCCCGGGGAUAGACAACAGACCGGGAGCCAUGGAGAAGGGAGAGACGGCCAACAUCUCAGCCGGUGUGGACUCAAUCUCAACCAAAGGUGGGACUGAGAUCCUAGGGAGGACAAGCGCGGUUAUUCCUUCGCCGAUGACCUCCGGGGUUGGCAAAGACGGGCAGAGGGAGACCAAAGAUGUGGUUGCCCAGCCGGGUAGAGUUGGGGGGAAGGAGCUUUCUCCCCAGGAUAGCAUUCCUCGGCUGGCCGAACAGCAAGACACUGUAGAGAGAAGCUCCGCAGCCAACUGCUCCCUUGAUGCCUCUUCGGAAGGUCACACUGUCCCGGACAGUAGUAUCAGGAAGCCUCCAACCUCCGCCCCGUGUGGACCAGGGCAAAGUCCCCCGGCUGCCCCCACCGCCACGGGUGGCGACAAGACGGGUUUUGUCAACCAGUUGGUCACGGUGGUGAAGAGUGUACUGGGGCCGGUGGAGAUGGCCAUUCCCGCAGCGCCUGCCACGGUGGAGAGAUGGAAGGCGGCGGAGAGCGCCAAGACGCCGGGGAGUGGCACGUCCAUCUCAGCACCCGCUCCUACACCAGUGUGUACAACAGUGGCGGCACCGCAGGGCACAGACUGUCCCACUCUCCCCGAACACAAUGCGAAAAACAGUCACAAGUUUUAGCAAGGGCUGCGUGCAUGUAUGUGUGUGUGCGUGGUGCGUGCAUGUGUAUGUGCCUGCACAUGUGUGUAUGUGCACGUCCAUGCAUGUACACAUGUGCUUGUGUGUGUAUGUGUGAGGGAGAGAGAGAGAGAUUCAUGUAUGUGUAGGGUUGUAUGUGGGCGAGAGUGUGUAUGUGUUUAACGUACAGUAUGUGUGGACCAGUGUGUGUGUGUGUGUGCAUGUGUUUAGAGUGUGUGUAUGUUUAAUUUAUGUGUGUGUGGGCGUAUAUGCUGUGUGUGUGUGUGUGUGUGUGUGCAUCUGUGUGUUUUAUGUGUGUGUGUACUAUGCGUGCCUGUGUGUUUUAUGUGUGAGUGUGUAUGUGUGCGUGCCUGUGUGGGUGUGCGUGCCUGUGUGUUUUAUGUGUGAGUGUGUAUGUGUGUGUGUGGGUGUGCGUGCCUGUGUGUUUUAUGUUUGUGUGUGUGUUCUAUGCCUGUGUGUGUGUGUGUGUGUGUGCGUGUCUGUGUGUUUUAUGCAUGUGUGUCUGGUGUGCGUGCGUGUGCAUGUAACAAAUAGAAGGCCUGCAAAUAACUGGGCGUUUAUACAAAAAUCAAACACUUCCUGAGGUGGACUUUGCAACUGGGGGGGAAUUUAAAAACAAAAACUUAAGAAUCUCGGAUUCUGAAUUGCCAAGGUGCCCGUUCAGUUGAAAAACAAAUUGCAACCAUUUCAGAGGAAUGUGAAAGGUUUCAAGAAUAUUUGUGCUUCAGCAUCAGGUAGCUGCAUGUUUGUGUGUAUAAUAUACUGGCUAAAGUGCAUUACAUGCCUAAACUGCUUUCACUUGUCAUAUACUUAAAUAUUCAGAAGUGCUCUUGUAUAAAAGGGGUGAGUGUGUAAAUUGGUUGUGUAAAUUGGCUGCAGAUUCGAACCCCAAAACUAAAGCCUCGCAGUCUGAGGAAGUGUUUCAAGAUUCAGAAUGAGCGUUGCGUUUGUUCUUAAAGGGGCCCUGCCACCUGUGAGCUUUUGCCUGGGAAAGCAAGUGUGCUUAAUCCAGCUCUUGCAUCCUCUCUUCCCAAUGUGGAAUUGUUAAUUCCCGGGACGUGGGCUUCUGUGUGCAAGGGCUUCUCAUGUAGGCCAUCUCUUGGCUGGUGUCACAAGACGGCUUGCACACCCACACCAGUAGCCCCUUGUGUAGGUUAGACCCGGCAAGGAAGUCCGUUCCCAUCACUAAAGGACAUUCGUGGGCCAGAUGAGUUGUUACAACAGUGUGUGUGUGUCAAUGCAUGUUCCUGUUCUAAAGCACUUCUGCGGCCUGGCUUUUGAUGGCUAUUUCUGUUGCCUGACUCCGACUGUUAAACUAGAUGGCGAAAUUGCAACCCGGCAGGAGGUCCACGCUGCAUAAGCAGGCAGAUUAUCACACCGGGAGGUGGGGACUGGGGUGGAGGUGAAUCAGGCUGAACCCGAGCUCCUGGAAUGACCAUUCCGAAGCCCUGCAACAAGAGAGGAAGCAGCUGAUGCCAAGAUCUAGUGGUGCAUGAUAUCCAGCUUCACUAUCUUCUGCCUGAUGAAAGAGGAGAGAAAAAUGUUAGACCAGGGUGAGAAAAGUCUUUGACUAAAGAUAAACACAAAAAGCUGGAGUGACUCGAGGGGCCACACAGCAUCUCUGGGGAGAGAAGGAAUAGGUGAUGUUUCAUCAAAAAAUCAUAAGUGAUACCAGUAG